UUUGUGAUGCAGCGCGGGAGUUUCAUUUUUGUGCCUCAUUUUAUUUUUUGCUAAUUUUACUCGUUCAAAAAUGUAACUUUCUUUCCUCGGUUAUCCAUUUUAUACUCAUCUAACACUCUGACCUCCACUGGACACAGAAACCUACAGAAUGGCUGCGACUCCAGUGGAAUAUAUCAUAGGAGGGGUGAAAAUAAACUUCCCCUGUAAAGCUUAUCCCUCUCAGCUGGCCAUGAUGAACUCUAUCAUUCGUGGACUUAACAACGAGCAGCACUGUCUAUUGGAGAGCCCUACUGGCAGUGGCAAGAGUCUUGCUUUGCUUUGUUCGGCCCUCGCAUGGCAGCAAGCGCAGUUUGUUAAGGAGCAAGAUGCAGGCACCAGUUUGGUGGACUGUAAGAAACCAGAAGUGGUUACUCCAUGUCAGUGUGUAUGCCAUAGCCGAAAUGCACAGUCCACAUUCAACACCAGAGCAUCCAAACCACCUACAGUUGAUCUCGUGGGUGAAGGUACUCCUGCUCAGCCUACAACCCCUCUCUCAAAAGGAGGCAAAGGUGACCAACAUAAAAUGCCCAGUUUGUCCUCCCGUCUCUCUGAAAAACUUCAAGCCUCGCUUAACAAUGGAGGGCAAGAUGAUGAUUUUAAGAGUGACAGGAAGCGUAUUCGUACACCCGGCACAGAGCAGAAGAUCAGCAAGCGAAGAUGUCUUGAGAAAGGAGUGAUUUACAUUGACGACGAUGAUGAUGAUGAAGAGGAGAAUCUGGAGAGACCAGUGCCUGGGGCUCAGACUUGGACCAUGGAAUUGAACAACGGAGCCAGAGCUGACAGUUGCCAGUCGCAGCCGCAGUGUUGUUCCCCCGUGUCUUGUUCUCUCUGUCCUUGUGCAAACCUCAAAUCGGGGCAAAAAAUGGCUGAAAAGUCCAAGGACAACGAGAAAGACAAAGAUGGAAGCGGGAAGAAAAAGAUCCCAAAGAUCUUCUUCGGCACUCGUACUCAUAAGCAGAUCACACAGAUUGCACGGGAGCUGAAACGAACGCUUUACUCCACCGUGCCCAUGACCAUACUGUCCAGCCGAGACCACACCUGUGUCCAUCCUGAAGUGGUUCCUCAUGCCAACCGCAACGAACGUUGUAAGGAGUUCCUGGAGGCCAAGAAUGGUCGGUCAUGCCGGUACUACCACAAUGUCCAUAAAAUGCGUGAUCAGAGCACUUUACAGUGGGUUCAUGGUCUACACCAGGCCUGGGACAUUGAAGAACUGGUGCGUCUUGGAGGGAAACUGCGAUCUUGUGCUUACUAUGCAGCUCGGGAGCUCAUGCAAGAGGCCUGCAUUGUUUUUUGUCCAUACAACUACUUGCUGGACCCCCUCAUUCGUGAAAGUAUGGAAAUCAAUUUGAAGGAGCAGAUUGUGGUGUUGGACGAAGCUCAUAACAUUGAGGACUGUGCCCGUGAGAGUGCCAGUUUCACCCUGAACCAAGCUCAGCUGUUGCUGGCACGUGAUGAGAUCGAUGGAAUGGUGACACACAACAUUCGGCGUGAUCAACACAGACCUCUGUUGGCCUUCUGUUGCAGCCUCGUCAAUUGGGUGCAGGAAAGCUGUGGUGGCUUAGAGGAGCGUGAAUAUGAGUCUUCCUGUAAGGUGUGGACGGGUGCGGAGGUUCUUGGCAUCUUCCGUGGCCUUGGCAUCACAGCAGACACCUUCCCUUUGCUGCAGAAAAACCUGGCAGCGGUGCUGGAGAAGGAGGAGCGAGUCGGGCUAGUGAACGGGAGAGAAGAGACUGUGCAGGUUCCCACCAUCAGCUCCAACACUCAGUCAAUGCUCAAAAGCCUCUUUAUGGUGCUGGAAUUUCUUUUCAGACAAAAUUGCAGGUUUGCAGAUGAUUACCGUGUGGCCCUCCAGCAGAGCUACACGUGGACCACCCAGCAGGACCUGCCAGACGCUCAGGGCUUUUUUGCACGACCCCAUCGUCGCCGACAAAGCAACCGCACCAAAACACUAGUGCACACGCUGAGCUUUUGGUGCCUCAACCCUGCUGUGGCAUUUUCAGAUCUCAGCAGUACAGUGCGGAGUAUCGUGCUGACUUCAGGAACCCUCUCUCCUAUGGGCUCCUUUUCCUCAGAACUGGGCAUCAAAUUCUCCAUCCAGCUGGAGGCCAAUCAUGUCAUCAACAAGUCACAGGUCUGGGUUGGAACUAUUGGUGCAGGGCCUCAGGGUCGUAAACUUUGCGCCACAUUUCAGCAUGCAGAGACAUUUGCCUUCCAGGAUGAAGUAGGAGCCCUGCUGUUGAAAGUGUGCCAUACAGUGAGUCGAGGAGUCCUUUGCUUCCUGCCAUCUUACAAGAUGUUGGAUAAACUGCGGGACCGCUGGACGAACACGGGUCUGUGGGAUAAGCUUGAGGAGUGCAAGACUGUGAUCACCGAGCCCCGUGGUGGUGGCAAGGGUGACUUUGAUGAGCUGUUGCAGACAUACUAUGAGGCCAUUAGAGGAACAGCAGCUAAUGGUGAAAAUAGAGAUGGAGCACUGCUGGUAGCUGUUUGCAGAGGGAAGGUGAGCGAGGGCUUGGACUUCACAGAUGACAAUGCCAGAGCUGUGGUUACCAUUGGUAUCCCGUUCCCUAAUAUCAAGGAUUUGCAGGUUGAACUGAAGAUGAAAUACAAUGAUAAGCAUGCAAAGUCAAGAGGGCUCCUUCCUGGUGGGCGCUGGUACGAGAUUCAAGCAUACCGAGCAUUAAACCAAGCACUCGGAAGGUGUAUUCGACAUCGAAAUGACUGGGGGGCACUUAUACUCGUAGACGACCGGUUCAGGACGAACCCAAACAAAUACAUCACAGGCCUGUCAAAGUGGGUGCGUCAGCUAGUGAGACACCACGACACCUUCACUGGCGCCAUGCAAUCCCUGCAGUCCUUUUCUCUAGGCCAGCGGGGGGCAGUAGAGACCUUUGAAGAGCCACAGUCUCAGGCUGCCCCUCAGUGCCCCAGUCUUUCCACUGCUUCUUCACCCUCUCUUGAGAUAAUCACCCCCUGCAAGCCCGCUGACCUUCGACCUCUACAGCUAAACUUGCACAUUGAGGUGCAGACGGACAACUCUGAGAGCAGGGCUUCUGAGACAGGUGAUCAAAAGAAUAUCCAGCAUUCACCUAAACCAAGCCGAGAACAUAAUGUCCAGAGAACGCCAUUGUUCACAAACCAUCUCUUCACCUCUACGCCAGUCAGUAGCCAGUUUAAGACUCCCAUUUUUCAAUCCAAGCAAAAUGCAACUUCAACAAACAAACAGCAAGCUCAGAAGGAAGUUAUUCCUGUGACACCAAAGCACCAAAUAAAUGGUGACCCUGACCAAAAUGAACCUCAACUUGAGCAGCUCUUUGUGAUCCCAAACUCAAAGCAGAACACUAGUGUUACAGAUCUUGAAGACAUUGAAGAGGAUGAGCAAAGUAUCUUCUACAGCCCUGAGCUGUUCGAAGGAAGUGAGGAGGAGAAGGAAGAGGUUAUAGAAGUGGAAGAGAAGUCUUCUCUGCAGUCUGAAGUCAACAAUCCCCCGGCUAGUAGCACAGCCAGUGUUCUUUUAGAGGAUCUGUUUGGUUCAGAGCAGGGCGAGAAGACAUUGUGUGAAGAUCUUGUGAGCAGCACAAUCCCAAAAAACACAUUAAUACAGGGCAGUACAGAGCAGACAGGUUUAAGCUGUAGCCCAGAUUUUGAGAACUUACCUGCCUCUCAAAUUGAAUCCAGCAGUAGUCGAUCACGUAGACUCUCCAGAUCUAAGAAAAGAUCCAGCACAACAGCAGAACCAGCAGGUCAAAGUUCAGAUGUAAGGAUCACAAACCGCAUGCCAAAGAAGUCCCAAGCGCAAAAUCCACACAAAGCUAAUUCAGCCUCACUGACACCCGAACUUUACCAGAAAAGGAGGGUCUGUAUCCUGAAUAGGAAGGAGAUGAAGCAGACACAAAAUGGUAACCAGCGGAAAAUAAAAGAAGUUGAGGCUAGAAUAAAUGCAGUUGUAGUGCCACUUCAGAAUGCUAUACGAAGAGAUUCGGUCAGACACUUGACCCAGAAACCCUCAGGGAAGGAAAGGUCAAGAGAAGUCUCGUCUUCAGAGAGGGAGAAAAGAACUAGUGAAACUAGCACAUGUAUAAAAGUUAAGCCUUUGCCUCCUACACCUGUUGAGGUACUGAAUGACAGCUUAGUGAUCCAAAAAGGUAGGAAGAAUCUGCUCAUAAGUCAUUAAAUGGAUAGCAUGUACUAAUAUCAUAAUAUUUAGUGCUGUUUCUAUGAUCUUAUGAACAGGCAUCAAGGUUCAGAGAUCAUAUUUGAGGAAGAACAGGCAGCCAAAGCGGCUUGAAAGGGCGUCUGAGGGCAGACAUUCCCAAACACAGAGGUUAGCCAAGUGUUGGCAGUCUGCUGUGGAUGCUUGGUGAUUGAAUUUUUCUUGUCACAUUAAGCCUUUCUCUUCCAGUGCUUACCCUGGUAAACUUUCUGAAUGAACGUGAACUGGAGUCCUUAAGUAAAGGUUAGUAAACUAGUUUAAGACUCUACGCAAAGCACACAGAUUUAUGUUCCCUUAAUUUAGCAAUUUUAAGUGAUCAAAGCUUGAAAUUU